AUUUCAAAGCGAAUGAUCGGAAGGUUGUGCCCUCUUUUGAUAUGGGUUCCUCGUUUUCGAGUAACAGUGAGUUUCCUGCUCAGGGCUCCACAGCUGCGCUCACAGCUUCUUCCUCAAACCCACCCGCGAAAGCCGCCGUGUCGGCCUCCUCCGCACAGGACCCCGUGUUAAAGAACUGCUGGAGUUGUCGCGUGCUGUCUGGCUGUACGCUCUUAGGGGCGGGUACCUACGUCUACUUUGUUGCCAGGCGGCCCUUGAAGCAAGGAUUCCCUCCUGGCCCAGGCACCGUGGUGCAGAUGGUCACCGGCAUCAGUAUUGCCUGUUGGGGUGUAAUUGUUCUGAUAGACCCCAAAGGGAAGGACCACCAAGAUGUUUGAAAAUACCAGCAGUUCAUUGUUGUCUCCUAUCACUGGCUGCGCGGCAGACAGAACAAGCAUUGGGUUGGUGGAUAUUCUUUGCACACACUGCCAAGGAUGCGCUUAACCAUAGGACAUACCAAGAAGACCGUGAAAAUAUGAGCUGUCAUUCUUUGGCCAUGGAUCCUCUCAGGUUAUAAAGGGACAAAUAAAUCCCUUGGAAGAAAACAUGAUUCUCUGUCUUGUCCAGGGAGGUUAUGUGUAGUUCAAUUUAUACUCAAAGAUAACGUUUUGAGAACAUAUUAAAAUGGGAUGAAUGGUAGACCAAUAAUGAAAUAAACUAUUUUUUUUAAAAUAAUAAGUAGUUCUUUUAAUUUUUCUUAUCAUAUCAACAGCUCUUGGCAACCUAACCUUGAUAAUUACAUGGAAGUUGUUCAUGCUUUCCAAAGUUUCAAGUCCAUCACUGAAUGAGAGCUGCUGAUUUGUUAUUUCAUCUGUAAGCCUUGGACUUAGCUAUUGGGUUUGAUUUGGUGGCUGAUCAGCUCAGUGAUGGAGUGAGGUUUUCUUCGUAGUUCUGUCUUCACAGCGGGGUUACUGUCAAAAAGGCAGGAGUUCUUUAUACAUUAAAUGUUAAUACAUAGUUAAAGAUGUAAAUGACAAAAUAUUUGAGAAAAAUUCCAUAAGAAAUCUGUUGAUGGCUUUUUUAAUAGAUAUUUAGGAUGGAUUCAUAAGGGCUUAAAAAUUGUAAGAGAAAGGUGUGCUUAGGCUUCUCUGCAAGUGUAUGUUUAAGUGGUUCUUCAAAGCAGAAAGGCACUAUUAAAUUAAGUACCGAUCAAUAAGUUUUGAGUACUGUUUUAAGCAGUUAUAUUUUUCCACUGGAACCUGUACAUGCUGGGAAAUCCCAUCUGCCCUCCUUCCCCCAACGCUGCCUGCACUGGGAAAACUGACAAAGAAUGGCACCCAAGGCCCAGUUGUAUGUGUCUGGCAGCCAGUGCAACCUGCCUUUCUGACACGGUGAUCCCACUCAAGUGCCCAGUAGCCAUACAUGGGCACAGCCCCAGCUCCUGACUGACACAUCAUCCCCUGAGGUCUAUAAAACCUGACUGCCUUAGCUCUGACUGCAACUCCUAAAAGUCUGGUCUUUGGGACUAAAGAACCCACAGGGAGGAGUGCCCUGCACUUACUUGCUUUUAAUCGGGUCUAAUCUGGCCUAUAUUUGUAUCACCAAGAGAGAAAAUACUUAGUGAUUUUUUUUUAGUUCUACAGAUGAAUGUGAAUUAUUUUGAUUGUACCUCUCCUGUUAUUCUUCUGACUGCAUUACUAUAUUACUACUUCCUUUCAACACAUUCCCCUCUUGUCUUUUUUUUUGUGGGAUUUUUGUUGUUUUUGUUUUGUUUUUAUGAGACUGGAUUUAGUUAGGAUUACUUGCAUAAGUGUAGGUGGUAGUGUUAACAAAAUAAUGAAGUGAGUUUUAGGUUUUGGCUUUUUUGGUUGUUUCUGGGUGCAUCUAAAAACUGAUUAUAAUGGUACCUUUUAUUCAUUUAUCUAUUUGUGGUUUUGUUUUUCAACCUGAGGGUAGAGUUUUUUGGGAAGAAGAACCUCAAUUUAAAAAAAAAAAAAAAAAAAAGUCCCCCUGUAGAUUGCCUAGAGGUAAAUCUGGGGCAUUUUCUUGAUUAAUGAUUCUGUGGGAAGGGCCAGCCCACUGUGGAUAGUACCACCCCUCACAGGUAGUCCUGAACAGUAUUAAAAAGCAGGCUGAGCAAACUAAGGGAAGCAACACAGCAACAUUCUCCAAGGUUAGGGAUUCAGUUCCUGCUUUCAGGUCCCUGCCUGAGUUCAUACUUUGAUUUACUGAUGAUGGGCUGUAGUCUGUAAACCAAAUAAACCCUUUUCUCCACAAGUUGAUUGUCAUGUUUUGUCACAGCAGUAGAAACCAUUAUUGAGAUAAGUAAAUUUGAAAAUAACAUAUAUACCUUAGUCUACAAUGCUACUAAUAAAAAUGGUUAUAUUCAUCA